AUGUCACAUGUCAAUUUCUCGAAAAUGCCAUUAACAAAAUAUCAACUCGAAAAAUGCAAAUCAUUAACAGAAAAACUUAUUGCUUGGCCAUUAUGUCAACCAUUUGUCGAGAUGGUGGAUCCUGAAAGAGAUGGAGCACCAAAUUAUUUGCAAAUUAUUAAAGAACCAAUGGCUUUGCAAAAAGUACUCUCAAACUUGAAGAAUGGAAAGUAUGACACAAUAGAAGCAUGGAAAUCUGAUGUAAAUCUCAUCUGGGAUAAUGCAAGAAAAUAUAACGGAGAAGAUGCACUCUACACUCAUAUGUCUGCUGAAGCAAAGCUUUGGUUUAAUAAGAAAGUUCAGAAUUUUCCAUCUUCUCAGGAAGAAGAAUGGAUGGGUAAAAUGCAAAGAGCUUCACAGAGAUUUAUGCAUUGCAUAUCUCAUCCACCUGCUGAUAUAGAUCCCCAUGGUUUUAUUACCGAUAGUGUUGCUAACUUACGUCACAAAUAA